CGAGGUUUUAAAGUCCUCCGGGGUGCCCGUCGAUGGGUUCUACACGCAAGAAGUCAGGCAAGGAGGCAGGAGGAUCGGAUUCGACGUGGUCACGUUGUCCGGCCUGCGGGGACCCCUGUCUAGAGUCGGGCAGGUGCCGGCAGCAGCCCGGGGCCGAGAGUGUGCGUCAUCGACGAGGUGGGGAAGAUGGAGCUCUUCAGCCAGCCCUUCACGCGGGCUGUUCGGCAGACCCUGGCCGCCCCGGGGACCGUGGUCCUGGGCACCAUCCCGGUCCCUAAAGGGAAACCGCUGGCCUUCGUGGAGGAAAUCCGGAGCCGGGCGGACGUGCAGGUGUUCAGUGUCACCAAGGAGAACAGGAACCACCUCUUGCCGGAUAUUGUGAGGAGCGUGAUGGUUGCAGACACGUGGGUGCUUGUGUGGAGGGAUGCAGCGUGGAGCGGCCCCUUGGCGCUAGGUAGGUGUGGGCGGGGUCAGGGGUCAGACCAGGGCUCCACCUUGGCCCAGUCCUUAAACCUUUCUGUGCCUGUUUCCUGCCCCGAAAACGGGAAAUGUGUCGUCACGGGGCGGCUGUGGCCACCGUGGGAGGGACCCCCAUUACCCCCCGCUUGCUCCCCAGGGAGCCCAGGCCAGGCCGGGCUGUCAGAUGGCGGCGGAGAGAGAGGGACAGCCCGCAGCCGGCAUGGAGGAGCCACUGGUCCCCGGAAUUGGAGGCUAGCACUGCCCUGGAGUGGUCGGGGCUGUGGUGUGAUUCAGUUUCGUGCGUUCUGGUGAUUUCUGGUGAAGAUCUAGGGAUUUCUGGGACUUCUUAGCAGUUAGCAUUAGCUACGAACCUGGCCGGCGUCAGUGCCGGGUGUGCAGUGAGGAGCUGUGUACGACUUUUCCACUGUAAGUGUUUCUAAGUACUGCUCUUCCGAAGGGAGGUUCCGGGGGAGUGAUGGGUCCCUCAGGGCGGGAGCCGGCCUGCAGCUCGGCCCUGGGACACAGGGUGGGAAAAGUCCCAGGAUCGGCCCAAAUGCUCCUCCCAGGAAAGGACUCAUUUUAAGAAAUGACAAGUUUCGGCAGAACGCAAAGAACUGGAAACAGCAGUAACUACAAACCCUUUCAUUCCAAAAAUACAGGCGUGUGCAGGUGGCCCGGGACCCGGUGGGGACUCCUUUGGCCUGGGGAGCAAGCGUGUGUCCCGCGAGGACACGGCCCAGCGGCCCUUGGGACACCGCUCUGGCGAGUGGGGCACCGCGUC